AUGAGGCUAAUAAAUAAAUCGAAAUUAAUUAAAAUAAUAAUAAAACGUGUUAAUGAGACACAUCAUUCUCUUGUUGAAUGCAUGAAUUGCUUUGCUGCUAAUAUUGAUGUUUAGAUCUCAUACAUAGAUGCCCCCUUGAUCAACAUACAUUGGUGUAGUGAUACAGUCUUGGCACUCACAUCCAAAGGAUCUGUAUAUAGAAGUGAUGAUCGCGGUAGACAAUGGAUUAAAAUGUCAGAGAUAUUUCAUAGAAAAGCACUCAUAUAACUUGAAGAUUCAGAUGAGAGAAUCGGAAUUGUAAAUAAUUUGGUUGCAAGUCCUGUUGAUAAAUAAUUAGUAUUAUUUACAGGAACAGAUCAAAUAGCUUGGAUUUCCCUUGAUUGUGGUAAAACAAUAACAGCUGUUAAUGCUGGAAAAUAGUUGCGAGAAUAUUAAUUCCAUCCACUUGAAAAAGAUUGGAUUAUUGCUUCAGCUUGGAAAUAAUGUGGAUCAGAUGAGUUGUUAGCAGGAACGCCUUGUGUUUCUUAUAAGGAACUUCUCUUGAGUUAAGACACUGGAAUUACAUGGCAUUCAAUUGCGACUUAUGUAAAUCAAUUUACUUGGGGGUAUCAAAAACAAAGAAAUGGCUAAAUAUACUCCUAAGGAACGAAUUCUAGCAUCAUUCGAACCAUAAGGCAAAGGACAUCAAUCUAUAAUGAUGACUUUUUCCAAACUAGAACUCUGAGUGUUCCGGCAGGUUCUAGAUUUAUGCUCACUGAGUCUUUCUUAUUUGUUGCUAAAGUCACAUCCUAAGCAACAUAAGAAGUCAGUCUAUAUGUCAGUGGCACUGAAUUAGGAUAGUAUAAAUAUAGUGUAAUUGAUGCAGAUUCAAAACUAUUAGAACAUUCCUAUAGCAUAUUAGAUACGUCAGAAAAUCAAGUGUUUAUGGUUGUCAAUCAUCUCAAACCAUCUUCCCCUUUGGGAGUUAUUUAUAUUAGUGAUUCUACUGGUACUAGAUACUCUAGAUCUUUGGAGAAUGUGUCAAGAUUAGAAAACAGUGCUGAGUUUUACAGAGUGUAAGGAUUGGAAGGCAUUUAUUUAGCUAACGUUUAUGCUGAAGAUCAAGCUAAGAUUUACACCAAUUAAGUAUUUGAAUCUAUGGAAGAAGGUUUUUAUGCUUAACAAAAUGGAUUCAAAGAUGAAGAUCUUAAAAAAUACAAACAAACCAGGAUUACUUUCGAUAAAGGAGGAUAAUGGGUCCCUUUGAAGCCUCCAACAGUUGAUGCUGAUGGAAAACCAAUCAAUUGCAAUAAGUGCUAAUUACAUUUGCAUCUUAGUUAAGCAUUUUAUUAAUUCGCACCUAUUUACACUGAAACCAAUUCCAUAGGUAUUAUUGUCGCAACAGGUUCUAUUGGAAAGUACUUAAGUUAUAGAUAGGAUUAAGUUAAUACUUAUCUGAGUAGAGAUGGAGGGUUGACUUGGAUUGAAAUCAAAAAAGGAUCAUAUAUAUAUGAAAUUAGUAAUCAUGGAGGAUUGAUUGUUAUGGCUAGAGAUCAAGAAACUACUAAUCAGAUUGUCUAUUCUUGGAAUGGUGGUAUGGAAUGGACUCCAUUCAAUAUUUUGGAUUAGAAGGCAGAAAUUUAAAAUAUCAUCACUGAACCUUAAAAUAAAGGAUCUAGAUUUAUUGCUUAUGGAGCUAUUUAAUUAGAAUCCAAUGGUAUCAGAACUGAGUAGGGUUUAUUGGCAACUAUUGAUCUGGAUGAAUUACAUCAAAGAAAUUGUAUUGGAUAAGACAAAGCAGGUGAAAUUGGAAGUGAUUAUGAAUUGUGGACACCUUCUGGCCUUGUCAAUCCAGAGUGUCUGUUUGGUAAAAAGGUUACUUAUAUGAGAAAAAGAAGAGAAGCUGCUUGUUACAAUCCAGAAUAAUUGGAAAGAAUUAUGAGUGUUACUCCAUGUUAAUGCUCUUAAGAAGAUUAUGAAUGCGAUCUAGGAUUUGUUAUGACUAAUUAAUAAUGUACUCCAAUCAAUGGUACUUUAAAUAUUGAUCCACCUGCUGAAUGUGAUGGAUAUUAUACGGUGUCUAGUGGAUAUAGAAAGAUUGCAGGAGAUAUUUGUGAAGGGGGUGUUGAGCAUAUUUCAAUGAGAUUCACUUGUCCCAAUAAUAAGAAUUGGAUAUUUGAUUGGUUGGUCAUCGGUGGAAUAUUAUUUGGAUUAUAUUGGCUUUACAAUAAUCAAGAGAAGGUGAAGGAAUAUUUUGCCAGAACGGAAAUGCGUGAAAUCCCAUAGUCCAAAUAAGAGAUGUUGAUCCAAUAGAUUUAACAAAGACAACCAAAAUAAUAAUAAUAAUAAUAACAAUAACAAUAACAAUAUUAGCCAAUUGAUUUAGAAUAGAAUGAAUAAUAAGAUUAAAAGUUUGAUGAAGAUUUGAUUGAAAGAGAUGAUGAUGUAUAAAUAUAAGAUGAAACAGCUCAUGAGUUGAUUUGA